AUUUGUGGUUUGUACACACUUAUCCCUAAACUCUAAAGCAAACAAAGGACAAAAAGGGCAAAACCAGAGUUUCUGACUUGUACGGUUGUACCGACGCUCUCUUCUCGUUGAUUUUGAUGAUUAUAUUCGCUCAACCUUUUACAGUUGAUCGUUCUGUAUCAAAACCCCUUGUGGAUUUGACUGAACCGCCUUUGAAUUGGCUUAAUACUCACUCUUUACCUUUUGAUUCCUCCAUCAAAACUAGUAAUUUUGUUGAAGCCAAGCCUUAUUAUCCUUCUUAUAUUUCACCACCCACGUAUGAUGACUACACUCAAUCCUUGACUGGCUUGUGGGAUGGAUCAAACGGUUGGAAUUAUCCCAAAAACGAUAUCAACGUCUCUGAUUUACCCGUUUACAAGGAUCAUAUGGAUACAGCAGCUCAUUCGCCCAAGGUCCUAAACACAUGCGAAGAGAAAUCUCAGAUGCUUGGCUUUGAAAAACACCUGGGGUCUUGUAACAUUGAAGGGUUUGAUUAUAAAUCUUUCUCAGGGCAAAAUACUGAGUUCAUGCCUGUUGAGUAUUCAAGAAAAUCAUUUGUUGGAUCCACUUCAGUAUUUCCUGAAAGCUAUUCUCUGGCAUCUUAUGAGAAAGGUAUUAGUCCAAAUGAUGUUACAUCAGUCAGGAAGUCUUCCCCUGGGCUUGUCAUUGGAGCACCAAAUACAACUGCCUUUAACAAUGUGGGAAUUAGCGGCCUUGCACACAGUAUAGACUUCGCUGCGAAUAGUAAUUUAUCAGAUGGCAAAGUUCCCGUUGAUUCUAGUAAAGUCAGCUUCAACCUGGAAGGGGAUCAUCAUAGUUUUUUGGAAUUAUCCCCAGAAAAGAAAGAAAAGCUCUUGAGCAACAUAAGUGUGACUAAGGAUCCCUUCAGGACCAAUUCUAUUCGACAGGUUGCUCAUAUUAGUUCAGGUGGUAAUGAUACCUUGAAUUGUUUUGAGAAUUCUUUUGAUAGUUUAGAUCAUUAUAACCAUGCCGUGGAUUCACCCUGCUGGAAAGGAGUUCCAGUUUCUCAUUAUUCUGCACUUGAAGCUUCUGGGCCUGUCCCUCCACAGCUUACAAAGACAAUAGAAGCAUGCAGUGGCUCCAAUCUUAUUGGGCCAACCAAUAAUGCUGUAAAAUUCUGCUCUCAGAAACCAAGUGAAUUUCCACUGUACCAGGGAUAUGGGUGCCUGGAAAAUGAUUUAGCACCUUCUCCAGAAAGGAUUUCUGUUGCUAAUAUGUUAAUUCGGGAACUUGGAUCACAUGAUGAUGUGAAAGAAGGAUACUACCAAUCAAGCUAUGGCCAUGGGUUUCAGCUUUCUGAUGACAUCGAAAAAUCAAGAAAAGAAUAUGUUCUCUCGAAGAACUCAAUGUAUGGGUUAAACUUCAAGCCUUUCCAUUCCACACAACAAAGUGUUGAGGAAGGUAAACCGACUUCUGAAAGAAAGUGUGAAUCAGGCACUGGUGUUGAAGAUGUUGGGAUGACUACUAGUGAUUCCUCAGAAGGUUGUUCAUCACAUGUGCCAUUCCAUGCUACAGAGCAUGUCUUGAGUUCGCCUCCUGCUGUAGAAGCUGCUCCCUUUGAGCUUACCAAAAUGUAUGGUAAACAACUAGCUCCCAAGAUUUGUGUCCAGACAUUGAUUAGUACAAUGCAUAACCUAUCAGAAUUGCUUCUAUCUCAUUGUUCAAAUGAAGCAUGUGAAUUGAAGAAGCAAGAACUUUCUGCCCUGAAGAAUGUGGUCAACAACCUUGAUAAAUGUAUAUUAAAGAAUUUGGGAACGGUGGUCCCAUUGCAAGAAUCAUUGUUUCCGGAUAUAACUUCCCAAUUUCUCGGGGGGUUGCCCAAGCUUCAUGAGGGAGUGACUCUGAGUAGAUCUCAGGUGACCAAGGAAGCAGCUGUUACUGAUCUGAAUCGGCCUGAUUAUCAGUGUGGCCAGGAGGAAAGGAAGCACUUUACUCCUGAUAAGUUAGAUGAAAAUUUUUGGGAUUUUGCUUCUUUGAGAGGUGAUGUAGAUAGAGAGAAAGAUGAUAAGGUUACCCAGGCAAUAAAGAAGGUUCUUAGUGAGAAUUUUUUUGAAGAGGAUCGAACACAGCCACAAAUACUCUUAUAUAAGAAUCUGUGGCUGGAGGCUGAAGCAGCAUUGUGUUCUGUCAAUUAUAGGGCUCGCUUUAAUCGAAUGAAAAUUGAGAUGGAGAAGUGCAAGUCGCUUAAAGCUAAAGAUUUGUCUGAAAAUACUACAGUUGCUUCAGAUUUAUCAAAAGAUAAUGCAGAGGUGGAGAAAUUAUCAUGGUCCUCCUUUUCUCCUGAUACAAAAACGGCUGAAGAAUUGAAACCUGAGGUUUAUGAUUCAAUUCGAGAUGUUUCUGCUCCUGCAGUUCUGAUUGUAACCAAAGGCGAUCAUCCUGAUGAUGUCAUGGCCAGAUUUAAUAUUCUGAAACGCAAAGUGAACAGUGCAAACUAUACAAGUACUAAAGAUGCACCGAAGCUAUCAAGCUCUGAAGUUUCUCAUGAUCUGAAUGAGUUUGACAGAAUGGCAUCUGCAGCUAAGGAUGAUCAAACCCCAGACACGUCAUCCUGGGAUUUGCCUGUCUCGAGCCCGAAUAGUCUUCGUGAUGAUGUCAAGGCUUCCGUCAUGGCUAGAUUCCAGAUCCUCAAAAACCGUGUUGAUAAUGCAGUUUGUACAAAUAUAGACGGUGAACUCCAACAAGCUUUCAAUCUUGGAUUUGCGGAAGUGAAAAAGCAUGGGCCAGCAGAGGAUGAAGUUUUGGACGGGAAUAUGGAACCUGUCUUGCAGAAUAACUUUUCUAACUAUAUCGAAGACAAGUUAACAAUGAAGGAGUUCCAUCUACGUAUUAAGGAUGAUCCUGUGAUCCACGUUCACAGGACAGACAGGUUAGGAAAUCAACUUCCUGGUGCUUCUUAUGAUAGUUCAUCAUCAGACUGGGAACAUGUGUUGAAGGAGGAGUUGCCAGCGCAGAAUUGUUGAAGCCUGCAGUGGACAUUGGUUACUGUUUCAAGGGUUAAGCUCCUCUCAGAAGUUGUAAAAUGGAUCUUAAACUUUGUUUGAAUCUACUGAACUCUGUCCCUUCUGCA